UCUCUCUCUCUCUCUCAAUCUGCCUCAAUCUGUUUCUUAAGAUUGGAUUUGCUCAUUCAAUUCAUAUUGCAAGUGCUAGUUUUUAUCAGAUUCUCUCUCUUCCUCUCUCUCACAGAGAGAAAGUUCAUGGAAAUCUUCCAAAUUCCACGUAUAUAAGCAUAAUCCUCUCCAUUUACUCUCUCUCUCUCUCUCUCUCUCUCUCUCAUAUCUGAGCAUACCCUUCUGGGUUUAUUUCCAUUUAACAAAAAAUAAGGUGGAGCUCUUUGGAUCCGUAUCGCUCAAUUCAGCAGAUACCCUUUUGUUCCUCUCCUCUUAAUCCCUUUAAAGUUAAGGGAUUUGCAGGACCCAUUUUUUCCAUUUGGAUGUAUCCUUCAUAUUCUUGUUCUUAUGCACACCCUUUGAGCUGUUUGUUUCUACAGAAACAAGCUGAGAAGGUUUAAUCUUGUUGAUUUUGAGGAGGAGUUGAUUGUUAGUGUGUUUUGGAGUGGAGAAAGAGAAGAAGAUGAUGAUGAUGACGAUGGAAGGGAUGAUGGAGAAGGGUGUGUUGGAUGACAUAAUAAGGAGAUUAUUGGAAGGCAAAGGAGGGAAGCAAGUUCAGCUUUCUGAGGCUGAGAUCCGCCAACUCUGCAUCAACGCUCGCCAAAUCUUCCUCUCUCAGCCGAAUCUCUUGGAGCUUCAUGCUCCUAUUAGAAUCUGCGGUGAUAUACACGGACAAUACCAUGAUCUACUGAGGCUAUUUGAGCAUGGUGGCCACCCUCCUUCUGCGAGCUAUCUUUUUUUAGGAGAUUAUGUAGAUCGGGGGAAGCACAGUUUGGAGACGAUAUGUUUGCUUCUGGCCUACAAAGUAAGAUAUCCCGACAAAGUUUUUCUCUUGAGGGGAAACCACGAAGACGCGAAAAUAAAUCGCAUCUACGGUUUUUAUGAUGAGUGCAAAAGGCGAUUUAAUGUUAGGCUUUGGAAAAUCUUUACGGAUUGCUUCAAUUGCCUGCCGGUGGCUGCCCUUAUCGAUGAUAAGAUACUUUGCAUGCAUGGGGGCCUCUCCCCAGAGUUGAACAAGUUGGAUCAAAUAAAGGAAAUUUCGAGGCCAACAGACGUUCCCGAUGCGGGUCUUCUCUGUGAUCUCCUGUGGUCUGACCCAGAUCCUAGUAAUGAUGGUUGGACGGAUAGUGAUCGUGGUGUCUCGUGUACUUUUGGAGCUGAUAAGGUUGCUGAGUUUUUGGAUAACAACGAUCUUGAUCUCAUUUGCCGAGGUCAUCAGGUUGUGGAGGACGGGUACGAAUUCUUCGCGAAACGGCGGUUAGUCACAAUCUUUUCAGCUCCCAAUUAUGGAGGGGAGUUUGACAAUGCAGGUGCAUUGCUAAGUGUCGAUGAGAAUUUGGUGUGUUCGUUUGAGAUACUGAAACCAACUGAAAGCAAAGCUUCUGGCAGUUCUAGUUCUUCAAGAAUGACUCUAAAGAAGCCUCCACAGCUCGGAAGAGUCUGAUCUGCGGACCGUGGUCCUGGAAGAUGUUCAUUUUCUCGACAAGAAAUAUGAGAACAAAAGCUGGUUUGAUGCAUAAGCUCGGUACCUGUCGUAAGAAACAUUUGGAUAAGGAUAUGCCCUCCGUUUUUGACGAAGAAGUCGUAUCUCUCAAGAAUAUCCGAGUGUUGCAACGACAGUAGGAUGAGAGAGUUGGUUCAGGAUCUUCAAUCGUACAUUCACGACUUUCAGCUGAGAAAUGGAGAUCUUAGACACUUAGGACACCCAACGGAAAUCGCUCAACCUAGGGUAAACUGAUGAUUUGAAAUUUUUUGUCGUCUGUAAUUUUUCGUGUCAACUGCAAGUGUGCUCAAGAGUCGUCUCCGCGACAAGCUUACGUUGAUAUUUUUUCGGUUUUCUUCCCUGUUGAGUGUGACUAAUGACAUCCUCAAUUUGGUGUUUGUGUUAAAAGCGGCCGCGUGUUUCAAGGCAAUUUCUUUCGAGAAAAGAGGUCGUUUGGGAA